AUGGCACACAACUUGUCUCGGCUUGGCCAGGCCCUCCUCCUGGCGGCUGCCUUGCCUUUGGCGUACGCUCAGACCAUCGUAGUUGACGAUGUAGUGAUUGAGGCCAACCAGUCUACCGUGGCUCCCGCGGCUGAGCCCGUCCUCGAUACCGCCGCCAGCGACCUCUUGAAAGAGGAGAGCAUUCAGCUGACUGAUGCCGUUUUGGCUAACCUCACGGACCUCUCCCUCUCCAACAUCUCCCUCUUUGACUUUGACACCACUGCCGCUGGGGAGAAGCGGUCUGGAAUUGCCCGUACCUUCAACAAGUGCAAGACAUAUCCCGGGGACCUCCUUUGGCCGAACAAGGCAGUGUGGAGCGUCUUUAACCUCCUCACUGGAUUUGCUGUCAGCGAGACGGUGCCUAUUGGUGCUUCUUGCUUUGAUGACUUUGGCAACUAUGAUGCUACUCGUUGCGAGUACAUCACCAACCAGUGGACAAACUCCACGAUCCACACCGAGGACCCGACUUCAGUCAUGAGCCCUUUGUACCAGGGCCUGACUUGUAUGCCACCUUCAGUCGACAACAGCUCUGCCGGCACCUGCACCCUCGGCGGUUUCCCCUCGUAUGUUGUCAAGGCCACGAAUGUUGCGCAGAUCCAGCUGGCUGUCAACUUUGCCCGCAACCUCAACAUUCGCCUCGUUGUCAAAAAUACUGGCCAUGAUUUCAAUGGUCGUUCCUCGGGAUCGGGUGCCCUCUCCGUCUGGACGCACCAUCUGAAGAGCAUUAACUUCUAUCAAGCCUAUACCUCCCCGUCUUAUUCCGGUCCCGCUAUCAAGGUGGGUGCCGGUGUUCAGGGCUUCGAGCUCUAUGAAGCGGCCGAGACGUAUGGUGUUACUGCCGUCGGAGGCGAGGGUAUGACUGUUGGCUAUGCUGGAGGCUACCUUGCUGGCGGUGGUCACUCGCCACUGUCCCCCAAGUACGGCAUUGCUGCCGACUCUGUCUUGAGCGUUGAUGUCGUGACUCCCGACGGCCGUUUCGUUACUGCCAACGAGAAGCAGAACACCGAGCUGUUCUGGGCUCUACGAGGCGGUGGUGGAAACACUUACGGUGUUGUCACCUCGUACGUCGUCAAGGUUUACCCCAAGAUUGACACAAUCGCCGUCAUGACGUUUAGCUUCAGCACUAGCGAAACCGUCAGCCACGACGCCUUCUGGGCUGGUGUCAAGGCGUACUGGGAGGGCUUGCCAACUUGGAACGCGGCUGGCAACUACGAGUACUGGAAUAUUUUCCACACCGGACCGGAUGCCCUCACCUUCACCAUGCUUCCCUGGUUCGCUCCCAACAUGACCCUCGUCCAGCUCAAGGAGCUUACCGCCCCCUUGUUCGCCAAGUGGACAGAGCUGGGCAUCGCCGUCGACCCCGUCUACUCGGAGCACCAGAGCUUCCUCCCCGCCUGGAAGGCCGGCUUCCCCAAGGAGCUCGUCGGCGGCACGACCUCAAAGACAGCGUGCCGCCUCUUCCCCGCGGAAAACUUCUCUGACGCCACCAAGUUCAACGCCACCUUUGAAGCCCUCAAGGGGCUCAGCGACAAGGGCGGCCAAAUCAUCGGGUUCGGCAUCACCGGCGGCCCCGGUCCCUACCCCGACAACGCUGUCAACCCGGCGUGGCGCGGCGCUGCCAUGUUUGCCAUUUCUGUCAUGGGCUGGGACGUCGGCACCCCCGCCGAGGUGGUCGCCGAGAAGUCAAAGCUCUUGACCAACGAGUGGAUGCAGCCCUGGCGCGACGUCACGCCCGGCAGCGGUGGGUAUGCCAGCGAAGGGGACGUAACCGAGCCCGACUUCCAGCAGUCUUUCUAUGGCACCGAGAAGUAUGCUCGCCUGCUUGCAUUCAAGCAAAAGAUUGAUCCCACCGGGGUCUUUUACGCGAAUUUGGGUGUCGGCAGCGACAGUUGGUAUGUCACGCGCCAGCUUGAUGGGUUCCCAACCCAGAAUGGCCGUCUGUGCAGAGUUUAG